AUGAGCCAACUGAUGAAUCAAGGAACAGUUACUAUACCAGCAGAGGCACAACCAAAAAGGAGACGGGGGCGCCCUCGGAAGGAUGAGAGUCAAGCACCUCCAAGACCUCCAGUUCCCAGGUUUCCCAGUAUACAAGGGGAGGGAUCGAGUACACUCAAACCUACAGCAAGCAUUCCAUCAAAAGGAAAAGAAAGUAUUGAAGAUAUCGAUGAUGAUGAUGAUGAUGAUCAGGAAUAUGAUGAGAUGGUAGGGCAGGUGGUUACAGGAGUCCUAGAGUAUGCCUUCGAUGCAGGGUAUUUCCUUUCAGUCAGAGUUGGGGACAGUAACGUAUACAUGCGAGGCGUUGUGUUCAAGGAAGAAUGUAUUGUUCCUGUUACCCCUGAAAAUGAUAUUGCUCCCAAUACUAAGAUGCAUAAGAGAAAAGAUUUCCCAAUCCCCUCGAUGAAUGUCAUCCCUCAGGUAGCUGAACAAACUGCUCGUAAUUCUUCUUUGAAUCCAGCUGAAAACAUCGAAAUCCAACAGCAAGAAAAGAUCCCUUCCCCAAGUGUCACUCAGAAGGGGCAAUCAGAGGAUAAAGAACAACAGGAGAAAGCUUCAGAUGACAAGGAACAGGAGAAAGCGUCAGAAGAUAAGGAGCAGCAGGAGAAAGCGUCAGAAGAUAAGGGGCAGCAGGAGAAAGCGUCAGAUGAUAAGGAACAGCAGGACAAUUUAUCUGAUGAUAAGGAACAGCAGGAGAAGCUAUCACUAGGAGCCGAGAUCAUUGAGGAGGUCUCUGCUAAAAUGGAGAGUCUGAAAGACUUGUCAGAGCCUCCGGUGAAGAGGCAGAAGACAGAUGAAACGACUGUGAGUCUCUCAAAAGAGGAGGAUAUAAUACAACAUGAUGCUGAUGUCACUAAUGAGAAUUCCGAGGAUGCUGUCAAGCCUGUUGAAGAAGCUAAUAAUACUGUUUUGCUUAAGGAAGCAAAUAUUAGUCCUCCUCAAAUCGCAAUUUCCCUGAAAGACUCAUCAGUCGAUGCUCCGACAGUCAUGGAGCAGGACAUUUGUACAACUUCAGGGUUUCAGAUUAGCAUGGAGAAUCCAGACGAUGAAGAUGAAUUGUCUGAACCACCUAAUGACAUUAGCCCAAUGGAAACUGAAAAGGGGGGAGACGAAUGA